AUGGAAGAUCUGUGGAACGACGCGCCACGAACGCUAUGGCGGAACACACGGAAGAAGCUUGGCCUGGCAGGUUCUGACGAUGCAGCUACAUUAGCCGCUAUGCUCAAGAAGACAACGAAGAUGGCGGAGAAGAAACUUGGUCAUCGGCCAUGGGCGAUACUGAGCUUUCCCCCGUUGUUGGCCUUAUAUCAGGAAUGCGUCGCAGAUGCGGCCGAGUACACCGGACUUUACACGCUGACGGCGGACCUGGGGUAUCAGGUGCAUGAACUCACUGCCGCAUAUGCCGGGCAUGGAAUGGGGCUGGAUGAGAGCGACGUUGAACUGGUAACUCGUGGCAAGAAGCCACACGAGUACGGUGGACGACACACAGUCCUUGUUGAGUAUACCGAAACUGCGAUUUUGCUGCAUGGCAAGCCGAUGACACAUGCUCGCAAUCUCGCGAAUGUCGACUGUUUCCGGUCGAGUUUUGAGCUGGGCAGCAGCAGUUCAGCGUCUGAGGAGCAGCCACGCGAAUUUGUGCUAGAGUACUUGCGCAAGGUGUAUCAUGGUUACACGAAAUAUCCUUUUGUCUAUCCCAAGGAAUUCAUUAUCAUAAUGACGGGAAGCGCUAAAAGUGUUGGCCGCGAGGAGAUUCGAGCGGCAAUUGCAGAAGCGGUCAGAUUGUAUGGGUUCCAGGCCAGGAUCCUGUAUGAUAACCCUGGAUAUGUAGCAGCGAGGGGCGCGGCUGAGAUCGCAUGGCGAACGCUGCUAGAAGCGGAGAAAAAGAAAGAGAAGAUAGAGUUGUAA